GGGGGUAGAAAUUAUUAGGCCUAUUGUAUCAUGUGUUUCUUUAAAUUUAAUUCCUGUCAUAAUGAGAUUAUAAAAGUUCAGAAAAAGGAGCAGAUCUCUCGAAUUAGAUAUCUAGAGUCUAGAAUCUAGAGAUUGUGAAUGAGAAUGUUCUCAUUCAUUUCACAAUAAAUGUGUUGGGCUUGGAUUGUGAAACCUGGCGCCUCAUUAAACAACCAUCAUAACCUGAAACUGAAAGGCCUGUAUGAGAUUGGGGUUGCUUGAGGCCAAACUGCUGAUCAUUGUCUGUCCCGAAAGAACACACACCAAAAAAAGUUAUACUGGGAUGCUACAGUUGGAAGUUUUCCCCACCAAGAAAACCAACAUGGAGCUUGCUGUUGACCAGACGUAGAAGCUUAGGUCUUCCUUGCAAGGCUUCAUCCAAGACCACAUUCUGCGGAUAAAUAGGCCCAGGAUCAUAUACAAGAGGGAUACGUUGUCCUUAAGAUUUUUGUCCUCUAGUGAUGGAACAACAUUAAUAUGGGAGACUGCACACACGGCUCUGGUAUGUGGCAAUCGACUGCACAUCAUCUCCCUUUGUAUAGGAAUUAUAAUUAUGAGGCAACGUGAUGAAAUCAGACGCUUAUCAAAAUAAUCGAAGUGAAGAAUCUGGCGUUUUUCUGCAGGUUCACUACUUGCAAUCUUGCCAUCAUCUACAGAGCAAUAUGCCUUUGAUCCUGCUCUGAUGCUCACUGCUUCCUCUGAUACUUUUGGCCAUAUGCUCCAAGCAUACACAUACAUUGACUUAGCUUAGAGCUACAGGACUUUGUGUGUCCAAUGGCUUCUAAUCCAUGUGUUGGUCUUAUGUCUGAAUGCCUUUGUGAAAAGUUUGUAAUUCAUAGCAAAAGGAUUACACUCCCAGAGCUUUCACAAAUGCCAGCAUUUAUUUACCACAAAAGCCCCCACCUUUUGAAAUCCAAAUAACAUCUUGGCUGAAAGUGAAAUAGCCCUUUGCAUGGCUGAUGCUCACUUUUGGUGAGUUCCAAAUGCUACCAUCGGAUUUGUUGAGGAGCUGAUGGUGAGAGGGAACAAGACUCUGGAAGAGCUGGGCAACUUAGUCAUAAAAAGAGGGGUUUUUUUUAGGAAAGCAGCUGUAAACCUCAUAAGCACAGCACUGGCAAAGAUUGUUCAAAUUCUCCUGAACUUGACUGGCUGAGGAACAAGAAAGUGAGGUGUGACCUGGAAAAAAAAGAAAUCCAGCUCUCUUGUCAAAAGCCAACUGCCUCUGCCUCUUUCGUCCAACUGAAGGAAGUCAGCAAGCUUUGUUGAGCGUGCACACCAUGACUGACUGCCUCUAUAGAUAUAUCUGAGGAGGAGAGUGGAGAGAGACUUAUCUACUGUUGCAGGAUCCAGGGAUGAAUUAUAUCGGUGAAGGCUCGUUACCUGUCCAUUAAUUUCUAUUUAUGAUGGUGAGGAAAAGAGGACAGGGAUCUCAAAAUUCAAAUUUUUUUGCUGUCCAUGUCCAACAGAAAAAUUAAAAGAUGGAUUCAUCUGAAUGCUGCAAAGUUCCAAAAGGUGAAAUUAUUAAAAGAAUUGAAAAGGUUUGUCUGGAUGUCUUGAAAAUGAUAGCAACGGGUCAACCACCAGUAUUGGAGCUUCCACGCUGUUCAAAUUGGAAUGAUGUUGUGUUCACAGAAAGUAUCAACUUUGAUCUCUCGCACAACUGCUCUGUAAAACGGGUAGCAUUUGCUAAGGCUCAAUCUGUCAAAAAAUUUGCUACGAUGCUGAAAAUUAUGAAAAUUAUAUACUGCCUGAUCCAAGAAAAUAGAUACUGUACAAAAAGAGAUAUCUAUUACCAGCACCCAGAGCUGUAUGGUUCCCAAGCUGGCAUGGAUAGGGUCAUUGACGACAUAGCCUGCAUGCUUUGGGUGCCCCGAUGGGAACUACACAUAGUGGCAACGUGUAAAGGUCUUGUGGCUGGAAAUCUCCAGUUUAAAGAUGAGCAAGGGGCUCUCACUGACUGUCGACAAACUAUAUCUGGCAUUCAGAUUGCGGCCCACUCCAAAGACAUGCAAAAUAUCCAAACCCAAGCCAGGUUUGUCCUAAUUGUAGAAAAAGAUGCGACUUUUCAGAAUCUGAUGACCAGCAAGUUUUGCGAAAAGAUGAAACAGUCCAUUCUGAUCACAGGCAAAGGUUUUCCUGACAUUGGCACUCGCCUCUUGCUGCGGAAGCUGUGGUGUCAGCACCAGCUACCAAUGUUUGCCUUGGUUGAUGCAGAUCCCCACGGGCUGGAAAUCAUGGCCGUCUACAAGUACGGCUCUCGGAACCAAGCAUUUGAAAGUCGUCAUUUGGCUGUGCCAGCUAUACAGUGGCUUGGAAUAUGGCCAGAGGAUAUUCAGAGGUACAGCAUACCAGAGACUUCUUUGAUACCAUUGUCAGAGGGAGACUUCAAGAAAGCUCAAGCUCUCAAGAAAAGGCCCUACUUCAAACAUGAUGUGGACAUACUUUCACAAAUUGAUCUGAUGCUUCAGAGUGGAAAGAAGGCGGAGAUUCAGUGCCUGGAUGCUAUCUCCUCGCUGUACCUGUGUGAUGUGUACCUGCCCUCGCGCAUACAGCUCAUGCUGCCCACUCAGACCCUUUGAGGUUGACAUCGGAUGACUUUUGACUUUUAUGAUCAUGAGAAAUUUACUGGUUGCAGACAUUCCUAACGGAACUGAGUAACUUUAACACUUUUGCUGCUUUAAAUAGAUGUUAGGAAAUACAGUCGGAAUUGUCCAAGAUGGCCACUCAUUGUCGAUUUUAAGAAAGUGGUUGUGAGAGACAGGCAGAGGUCUAAGAAAACAUCAUUAUAAUAGUAAAAAAAACAAGGGGUAGAGUGGAAAGUAACCUUUUGUACAGGUCAAAAGAAGCCACCAAAGAGAUGCUAAAAUCUGUAAACGUUUUCAACUUUCACUGUUUUGAAUUUCAAUAAAAAAAUCAAAUUUCUAUCGUCCA